AUGGCUACAUCGGACAAGAAAACAAGGGGCUACGUUCCUUGGAAUGAUGAGAUGGAUAAGGUACUCCUUGAUACAUUUGUGGACUAUUACAAUAAAGGUGAUAGAUGUCAGAAUGGGUGGAAGUCUCAUGUAUACACAACUGCUGUGAAGAAUGUUUGUGGGAAGUGUAAUGUCACCAUUAUAAAGGAAAAUAUUAGCUCUCGCAGCAAGACCUUUGAUAAGCACUACAAUAUCGUUAAUGGUUUGUUGUCCACUAGUGGUUUUGGAUGGGAUUGGGAGAAGAACAAGCUCAAAGUUGAUAGUGACACUAUAUGUGAUGAGUACGUUGAGAGGAAUAAGGAAGCAAAAGGAUAUAGACAUAAGAUUGUGAAGUUUUGGGAUCUACUCAGCCUAGUGUACAAUAAAGACCAAGCAAAUGGAGAGGGUGCUAAAAUAACAGCUGAAAGUUCAAAGGAAAUGGCAAAAGAGAAUGAUACUGGAGGCAAGGAUGCUCCAUAUUCUGUAUCUUCCUCGAGUAGUUUAAAAAGACAGAGAUCAGAUGAUUCAUUUAACUCUAUGUGGUGUGAUAAGUUUGACAUGCUUACAUCUGCAUUGAAAGAUGACGGUCCAAAGCUACCCUCUUCGGCCAAAGUUCUCGCCGCAUUACAAGAGGUUGAGGGACUUGAUGAAGACACAUAACUUGAGCUUUAUGACAUCCUCACCUCUAAUGCACGCAAGUUUGAGUCGAUGAUGGCACUCCCAAUGGAAAGGAGGAAGAGGUGGCUUAUGAUGCAGCUAAGGAAGUGAAACAACUUAUAUGUGAACUUAGAUCUCUGUGUUGAACAGAUUGU